AUGGACCAUGCUACCAUAGUCAACCACUUGAAGCCUUACGCACACUAUGUUAAUAAUGACGGGUCCCUCCCCCUUGUGAUAUCUGAAAUUGGGUCAGCUACCGGUAAUAGCCCAUCCGCAUUUGGCGGGGGAUUCGGCGCCGCUUUGUGGGCAGUUGAUGUUCAUCUCGCGGCCAUGACCCGCGGUAUCAAGCGGAUGUGUAACACACAAGAGCCUGCCGCGACACACUCUUUCUGGGUCCCCGAUAACUCCGGCUCCAACACGCAAGGACCGGCUGUUCAAGGAAUAUUUCCCACAGCUGCAUUCAUUACCGACUUUGUGGGUAAAGGUGACUCGCUGGGCAAAGCCGUGGAGCUCCCAGUGUCCGGUGACACCAAAUUCAGUGCGUACGCUCUAUACAAUCUGAAAUCCGACAGACCGCAGCGCAUCGCGCUAGUCAACCUUCACGAAUGGCAUAGAAAAUCCAAUUUGAAGCGUGGCACGACCCAGGUGACGCUCAAUGUGGGUGAUAGAGUCCAGUCGACUAUGGCCCGAUACAUGAGCUCGGAGAGUGGCUCCUUUGCGCAGGGGUCCGACGUUGGGGGGGCAAGGUGA